AAUGACUCCAUUUUUUAUUAUAAUUACUUAGGUUAUUUAUCACAUAAUCGCCAAUAUGUGUACUAAGUUCAAAUUUAUAUAUGUACAUAUAUGCAUAUAAAUAGAUGUAGAUUUAAGGAAAAACACAAACUUUGAUUAAAGGUCACAACACAUCAUAAUAAGAAACUAGUGAGUGAAUAAGUGAUCAUCAUGAUCUUCUCAUACUUGCUAACACCCUUAUUAACCCUAACCCUAAUUAUUUCCAUUGUCGUUUUGUCUUUCAAAACCGAAAAACGACAAUACAAAAACCUCCCACCAACCCCACCCUCUCUUCCCAUAAUUGGCCACUUACAUCUAGUGAAACCACCAAUCCACAGGGCACUCCACAAUCUUUCUACCAAAUACGGCGAAAUUUUCUUACUCCGGUUAGGGUUUCGCCGUGUGGUUGUAGUCUCAUCCUCUACCAUAGCCCAAGAAUGUCUUACAAAAAACGACAUUGUUUUUGCCAACCGCCCACAUUUCCUACUUGCAAAGCACGUAGGGUACAACUCCUCGAACGUUGUGGAUUGUUCCUACGGCGAGCAUUGGCGCAAUCUUCGCAGGAUUGGAGCUAUUGAGAUCUUCUCCUCAGGAAGACUCAACCUCUUUAUUAAUAGCCGAAGAGACGAGGUCAUAAGACUACUUAAAAAGCUCUCUUGCCAAGAUUCUAACAGAGUUGAGCUAAAGUCAAUGUUUCAAGAGUUGACUUUUAACAUCAUAACAAGAAUGGUGGCGGGAAAACGGUAUUGCGGUGAUGACGUGGCAAACGAAGAGGAAGCAAAGUUGUUUAGGGAUACUUUGAGAACUUUUAUGGAGUUUAAUGGAGCUGGGAACGCAGCUGAUUUUUUGCCAAUCUUGAAUUGGAUUCCAAUUAAUAAUUUUGAGAAUAAGGUGAAGAGACUUGGGAAGACUAUGGACUCACUCUUGGAAGGUUUGAUCAAAGAGCAUAAGAGUAACAAAGAUGAGAAUCGGAUGAAUACUGUGAUUGAACAUUUACUCUCUUUGCAAGACUCUCAGCCUGAAUAUUAUACUAAUGAAAUUAUCAAAGGCUUCGUAAUGCAAUCAAUUGCCGGAGGAACAGAUACAUCAGCACUGACAUUAGAAUGGGCAAUGUCUAAUUUACUAAAUCAUCCACAUGUUCUACAAAAAGUUAAAACCGAGAUCGACUCUGAAAUUGGCCAACGGCAAUUGAUGGAAGAAUCUGAUAUCUCGAAACUCCCUUACCUCCAAUGUGUAAUUUCUGAGACUUUCAGGUUAUACCCAGUAGGUCCACUUCUCGUACCUCAUUACUCCUCCAAUGAUUGUAACAUUUGCGGGUAUGAUGUGCCACGUGAUACAAUUUUAUUGGUUAACAUAUGGGCUAUACAUAGGGAUCCUAAAUUAUGGGAAGAUGCUGAGAAUUUCAAGCCAGAAAGGUUUGAAAACAUUAAUAUUGAGAAUGAAUUUGGAUACAAGCUAAUGCCAUUUGGAGUUGGUAGAAGAUCUUGCCCUGGGAGAGGCUUAGCUAGUAGAGUCAUAGGUUUGGCUUUGGGGUCAUUGAUUCAAUGCUUUGAUUGGGAGAAAGUUGACCAUAACAAAAUUGACAUGACUGAAGGUAAAGGUCUUACAAUGCCUAAAGUUGUGUCAUUAGAAGCCAUUUGUAAGGCUCGUCCUAUUAUGAAUUACCUUAUGUCACAAUCCAAUUAAUUGAGGAGUACUAUCAUCAAUCUUUUAUUACAACUUAGUUAACUUUCAUGCUUGAAAAUACAUGUUGAAAUAUUUUUUUUUCAAAAAAAAUAAAAUUAUAUAGUGUCCGUUAUAGUUACAA